GGAGAUCUGAAGCAGCAACAUGUGAAAAGAGAAGGCUCCCUCAGUUUGUGAGCAGCGGGAGAGACCAUGGAGAAAGCUCUGUGCAAUUAUCAGAAAAGCUACGAGCUGUGUAGGCAGGGCCAUAACGAGUGCUGCGAGAGGGUGGUCAUUAACGUAUCUGGCCUCCGCUUCGAGACCCAGGUCAAGACCCUCCGCCAGUUCCCAGACACCCUGCUCGGGGACCCCCAGAGGCGAAUCCGCUACUUUGACCCCCUCCGCAAUGAGUACUUCUUCGAUAGGAACCGCCCCAGCUUCGAUGCGAUCUUGUACUAUUACCAGUCCGGGGGCAGGUUGAAAAGACCUAACAGUGUCUCCCUGGAGGUCUUCAUGGAGGAGCUGAGGUUUUACGAGUUGGGGGACGAGGCCAUGACCCGGUUCCGGGAGGACGAGGGUUUCAUCAAAGAAGAGGAAAAACCAAUGCCCACCAACGAGUUCCAGAGGCAGCUUUGGCUGCUCUUUGAAUACCCUGAAAGUUCUCCCCCUGCCAAGGUGGUGGCCAUUAUCUCAGUGCUGGUGAUUCUGAUCUCCAUUGUGGUCUUUUGCUUAGAGACCCUGCCCGAAUUCAGGGACGAGCAGGACCCUACCUUGCCCAUUCACCCCCACCGGGGCAACAGCACCCACCUCGAGGACAUGGGCAACCCCUUCCACGACCCCUUCUUCGUGGUGGAGACCAUGUGCAUCUGCUGGUUCUCCUUCGAACUCUUCCUGAGGUUUAUCGUAUGUCCCAGCAAGGCAGGCUUCUUCAAGGACGUCAUGAACAUCAUCGACUCUGUGGCCAUCAUCCCUUACUUUGUGGCGCUGGGCACGGAGUUUGCCCGGCAGCGUGGGGUGGCACAGCCCGCCAUGUCUCUGGCCAUCCUCAGGGUCAUCCGUCUGGUCAGGGUCUUCCGAAUCUUCAAGCUGUCCCGGCACUCCAAGGGCCUGCAGAUCCUGGGCCAGACCCUGAAAGCCAGCAUGAGGGAGCUGGGCCUGCUCAUCUUCUUCCUGUUCAUUGGGGUCAUCCUGUUCUCCAGCGCUGUCUACUUCGCCGAAUCCGAGGAUAAGAACACCAUCUUCACCAGCAUCCCCGAAUCCUUCUGGUGGGCCGUUGUCACCAUGACCACUGUCGGCUACGGGGACAUGUACCCCAGCACCCUGGGAGGCAAGAUCGUGGGAUCCCUCUGUGCCAUCGCCGGGGUGCUCACCAUCUCCUUGCCGGUGCCCGUGAUCGUCUCCAAUUUCAGUUACUUCUACCACCGGGAGAUUGAAAGUGAGGAUCAAACCCAGUAUUCCCAUGUGACGACCUGCCCUUACCUGCCCCCCAGUCCGAAAACACAAUCGAUGAUGGGGAAAAGCCAGGAGGUGGAAGACGAACUUAUCGACAAUUUCUGUACGCCUCUACAGAAUGACAUGUUGGAUGGCUUUUGCCCCACUGACGGUGGGAUUCCAGAAACUACCAGCUCACCAAACAGGAAACCCUUGGUCACACAAGUUUGACUCUGUUUCUCCCCCUCACCCUCCCCCACAAAGUUUCUGAAGUUGCCUUAAACAUGAACGCGAACAAAAAAAAGGGGGAGAAAAAAUGGCAACACUCAAAAGCUCCACUUAACUCCAGGGUUAGUUUGUUACGUCCACCCAUAGGUUAUGGGUGGGCACGGGGGUGUAGUUUUGGCGAUGGUCAAUUUAUCCAGAUGACUGUAAGCUCAUGCUCAAAGAAAGAGAGAGAGAGACAGACAGACAGAACAAGCCUGUAAAAAUUCACACGACACCAAGUCUGACUUGCUGGCUUGUGUUUUUUUUUUGGGGAGGGUGAGGAAGAGCGGGCUAUCGGUGUCAGUAUUUCUCUUCAAGGUAGGAAGAUUCUGUUCGGAUUGAGAAAUGGCAGUGAGCUCUCUGCAGCUUCAGAUUGUAAACAGAAAUUGGCGACUUGUUUCUCCUAGCGGACUGUCCUAUUUAUUGUUAUUUUUUACCGAGCGUGCCAGGU